AUGAGCCACAAAGCGACGAGAGUUGAGGCCGGACCAAGGCCAGCCAGGCUAAAAGGGCUAGAAGGGCCGGAGGGGCCAGAAGGGCCAAAGGAUCAAAGGACCACAAGGAUCAGAGGAACCAGAGGAACCAGAAGGGCCAGAAGAGCCAGAAGGGCCAGAAGAGCCAGAAGGGCUAAAAGAACCAGCAGGAUUAAAGGACCAAAAGGAUUAGAAGGGCCAGAAGGGCCAAAAAGGCCAAAGGGGCCAGAAGGACCAGAAGAAGCUAGAAGGGCUAGAAGGGCCAGACGGGCCGGAAGGGCCAGACGGAUUAGACGGACCAGACAGAUCAAACGGAUUAAACGGACCAGACGGACCAGACGGGCCAAAAGGUCUAAGAAAGGCUAA